CUUCGUUCCAACCCAAUGUCCACCUGCAUGCAGGGGCUGUCCUGCACCGCGUUCGUCCAUGGAAGCAUCCGACAGCAACCAAGAACCAGAACAUCUCAUUGUUCUGGUUCAUGGUAUCAUGCAGGAUUUAGAGCUUAAUUUCAUUGUUACUGCUGGCAACAUAUUUCCUCUCGACUUGGCCUGCCCCAGUGACUGGACAUAUGGGGAAGCAGUGCUGAAAAAGAGGCUAGGUGAUAAUUUCUUCAUCUAUGGUUUGGAGUUGAGAAAAGAAAAUCUCAGCCAUAAAAGGGCAAACAAUUUCUUUGGAGCUAGUUCAUCAAACAUCUACGCGAAAACUUUUGAUGGGAUCGAUGUAGCUGGAAGAAGGUUAGCGAAAGAAGUAUGUGGCGGAGACUAUUCUCUGCUCUUCAUGUAUUGACAGCUUAGGAAGCUUCCAUAAUAAUGCCCUAUGGAAAGAAGGCCUUGGAUGUGGUUCAGAAGAUGCCCGGCUUGAAAAAGAUUUCCUUCAUAGUAUACAUUCUUUGGGUGGUCUGUUUGCCGGAUAUGCUAUUUCUAUACUAAAUUCACUGCAAAAGAAACCGGAAGCGGUGUUAGUGUCAUGCCGACAGUUGGAGGAUCUGAAAUAUCACACACUUCAGGAUUAGGUGACAUUGCUGGGUUGGAUCCACUUAAUUUUAUUACAUUGGUAACCCCACAUCUUGGUAUUAGGGAAAAAUCAGGUGGGUGUCAAACAUGCAUUAAAGUAUAUUUGUCCCCUUUUGAACUUCCCAUCUAAUCUUGGUUGACUUGGAAGCAAAACUCUUGUUUUCGUAUUUGUGGGAUUUUUGUGACCUAUUAAGGAUUUUGUAAGGUAGACUCAAACACAUUGUGGUAUAUCACUAGUUCGUGUCAAAGCCAAUAAACCAUGUAGUAGUAAAGAUUCUGGUGAAACAUACAAGCGAUCGCUCAGGGAGAAAAUAGUAAUAUUACUGUGACUUUGUAAUAUCUAGAAGUGUGUUAAUUCCAUGCGAAUUUACUGGCUUUGGUAAUUACCAGCUUCCAUUUCUUCAAGGGCAGUCUAUUGUAGAUAAACUUGCAGUACCUUUGGCUCCCUUCAUUGUCGGACGCAGUGGUGCCCAACUCUUUCUCACUGAUGGUGAACCUAGCAAGCCACCUCUUCUUCUACUAAUA